AACAACUGGUAUCUCCGAGGAGGGCACACGGAGCUGAGACAAUCUCAUUGGAGGGCUGGGAGCCGGCCCUCGCUGCUGAUUGGACGCUGGUCAUGUGAAGAGGAAAGUUCUGGAGAAAAGUUCUCAGAGGCUGAAGACUGAGAGGUGAUGUCCGCGUGUAGAGAGAAGAUGGAGAGGGGGGAGCAGUACGGAUGGAUAAUGAGGAGCUGUGUACAGGAAGACCUACCGGGGGAGGAGGUCUGGAUCACUUCAGUGAACAGACAGAAUAAAGAAGCCCUUUCACAAUGGACGAAAGAAAAUAAUGUCAUCCUUCAACAGAUCAAUGGUCAGAGAAUUUACCGUGGGUACCCUGCAGGUUUUGUUGUAGAAGCUCCUCCAUUUGGCACAGAAGUUUACAUAUGCAGCAUCCCACAAGAGAUAUAUGAAGAUAAGCUGAUUCCUCUCUUUGAAACCGUUGGGAGACUUUUUGAGUUCCGGUUAAUGAUGACAUUCAGUGGCCUGAACCGCGGAUUUGCAUAUGCACGCUAUUUGACCAAGCGGCAAGCAGGGCUGGCCAUCUGCCGACUAAACGGCUACGAAAUACAGAUCGGCUGCAAGAUUCUGGUGUGCAGAAGCACAGAAAAGUGUGAGCUGGUCAUAGAUGGCCUUCCUUGUAUUUUGGAUCAAAGCGCAUUAACCAGUGCCCUGUGUGAAAUUACCGCUGGCAUAGAAACAAUUUCCCUUUUUGCCAGCCAUUUAGCAGACAUGAAAAAUAUCGCCAUUCUAAAGUACAACUCCCACAAAGAAGCGGCCUUGGCAAAGAAAAGUCUGUGUGAAGGCUCACGGCUGCUGUAUGGUUGCCCCUUCAGUGUAGAUUGGCUGAAGCCCCAGAUGAAGCAAAAAAUGCAGUCUGGCACUCUGAGGCAGCCCCAUGUGUACCGUCCUGAAAAGUGGAGCAGCAGUGUCAGGCAGGAUAAAGCGUUUGCAGGCAGCUGUGUUUAUACUCUGCACAUUAUCUGCGAGCAAAUGAAGUUGGGCCAGCCAUCUUACCAGAUACAGUUUUUGGGUCCAGGCUCCUGUGGAUGGAUAAGGUUCAGCUAUGUGGUUACAAUGCCAAACCAUUCUGUUCCGUUUAGUGGAUCCGACUGGCUGGUUGGCGAGUACCUUACCCCUGGGGAAGAGUACCAAAAUGCAAAGGAGAAAGUUGCCCUACAAAUACUAAAGAAGUUAGGGUUCAUCCCUGGUUAGACUAUCCUGGCUUCCAAAAUGAAAACCCAGCGCAAUUUUUACUUUAUUUUUGUUUCAACACAUAAGAAGACCCGUGAAGCCCAAGAUUGACGCGUGGAUAUGAAUGCUAAGGGAAUGGGACCUUUCCAAAAUGUAUAGUUCUUCAAGUUUCAUCUAGCACUUGUUCUUUGUGUGAUGACACUACUAAUGUUUUUUCCACAUUGGUAAUCCCUAAAAGAACUAAACCAUGUUUAUAAGAGUUAGCUGUUGGAAGAACGGACUGUGCUGCCUACAGCAACCAAUUAUUUUCUCUCUUUUGGGUUUAUGUUAGGCUGGGAAAUUGAAGGGAGAAUCUGGUUGUUGUAAGUGUUACGCAGUUGCAAGCAGUUUUUUUAUAUAUGAGUUGCUGAUAUGCAGCAAAAAAACACUAAGGGCAACCGCUUAGUAAAUCAACAUUUACUAACGGCAAAUAGAUUGUGCACUUUGUAAGUGCAUUUACUCCAGAGCUUAAUAAAU